AUGGCGAUCCUCCGGUAUCUGAGUCUCCUGGCAUUCUCUCCGACACUCCACUGGUUCACCCGCGGCUUGGCCCAGGAGGAAGGACUCGCUACGAAUUUACUCAAGUGCUUACGUGAAUCCGACCAGGGGAUGGACUACUUCUCCCCGCGAGGCGCGCGAGUCACGCGCCAUACCUGCCCCGUCACCGAUGCGCAGUGUGCGCUCUGGCUCGCCCACGACGCGCCGAAGCCGAGGCACAUCGCCCGGCAUCUCCGGAGAGCCCAGGUAUUUUCAGAAGGGGAAGGGCGACGCCCUCUCCGACCGGCGCGAUCUGAACCUCCCGCAGUGAGGACUGCAAAACAGCCUUUGAAGUCGUCGGAGUGCGAUAUGGUUCCCUCAGUGGCUAAGACCUCACAUUGA